AUGGUAUCGGAUUGGUAUCGGGUAUUGGCUGAUACUCAAAGCAUCAAGAUCGGAACAAGUCCAAGCAGAGUGGAGGUAAUCAGCGAGAGGAGGUUCACCUGGGCUGCUGGUCUGGGAAGUCUUUACACCUGCCUGCUCAACUGGUCCUCGAUUGACAUGGCGGUGGCUGCCCUGGGCCAACCAUUUACCUUAGGAAUGCUGUAUGAUGGUCGGAAAGAUGAACUUAUCCCAGGUUUCACAUUGUGGGAUGAAGCAACUCUUCAGAAGAACACAGUUACAAGCUCUCAGCACAGUAGUGAAUUUGAGAUAACAACAUCUGAUUGUAUUGAAGACAAGUCCUCUCAACUGGACAUUGAUGCCUCCCUAAAAGGCAGUUUCCUGUGUGGGCUGAUCAAAGCUGAGGGAUCUGCCAAGUAUCUGAAUGAUAAGAAGAAAUUCAAGAAUCAGAGCAGAGUGACAUGUCAGUACAAAGCUAUCACCAACUUCAAACAGUUGUCAGUGACUCACCUCGCAACCAUGAGCCCCCAACAGAUGGAUGUUCUUGAGAAGGGCUUUGCAACACAUGUAGUCACCGGCAUCCUUUACGGUGCAAACGCUUUCUUUGUGUUUCACAGUGAAAAGUUAGAUGCCAGCAACGUUAAGGACGUCCAGUGCAGCAUGGAAGCUGUAAUAAUGAAGAUCCCCUCAUGUAAUGUUGAUGGGAAAGUAGAGAUGAAGCGGAGUGAUGAGGAAAAAGACCUGACCAAGAAAUUCUCCUGCAAAUUCUAUGGAGACUUCAUUCUUGAAAGCAACCCUACAACAUUUGAAGAUGCAGUGAAGACCUAUGUACAACUUUCAAAGCUGCUGGGAGAAAAUUGAGAGAACAGUGUUCCAGUGAAGGUCUGGCUGAUGCCACUGAAGAAUCUGUAUCUAAAAGCUGUUGAGCUGACGAGUGGGGUCAGCGUUAGACUGGUGAGAAAGGCUCAAAAAGCUCUGCAGAACCUGCAUGAUCUGGAAAUAGGAUGCAAUGACUUUCUGCAGGACAAAGUAGUGAAAGAUUUUCCACAAAUUCAUGAAAAGCUGAGCAGUUUCCAGAAACUCUGUGUCUGUUUAAGAUCUGCACUCCAACAGACCAUGGCAAAGAAACUUCCAUUGAUCAGGACAGGAAAGGAAGAUGAAAGCAAAUUAGAAAAGGUCUUCGAUGACGGAAACAAGACACUGUUCAGUCAUGAGAAAUUAAUCAAGUGGAUGGAUGAUAAAGAGAGAGAAUUCAAUGUCAUCAGGUCCUGUGUAGAGAUGAUGGAGGGAACAAAGAUCGUCCCAGAUCAGUCAGAGCUCGACAGACAGGUUCUUGCUCCAAGUGUAGACGAUGUUUUGUGCUUUGUUUUCACCUCCCUGGAAACUACUGACCCCUACCUUCAGAAACUUGCUCACUACGUGGAUCUAUUUAAGUUAGACAGAACCUCGGGUGCCAUGCCACCUGCAAAAGAACAGUGGUACUUCUCAGAAGAAGUGAUAACCACAAUGAGAAAAAAAGCCAAAGCUUUCCAUGAUCUUGCAAAAGCACUGAAGAACAGCAGCAGAUUCUGUUUCCUUGUAGCGGCCAUUGCAAAUGAGAAGUACAAAGGGGCAACCAUCUACCACUACAAGAACAGCAUUCUGGUCACUGAAGACUUCUCACAGCCUGAUGUCACUGAUGUGGAAAAUGUAACAGACAGAAGAGAUUUACUCUGGUACGUCUGCGAUCUCACCCUGGACCCAAACACAGCAAACAACCACCUCGUUCUGUCUGAGGGAAACAAGAGGGCAACACAUGGACCACCACAGUCGUACCCUGACCUCCCACAGAGAUUCAAAAAGCUUCCUCAGGUUCUGUGCAGGGAGGGGCUUACUGGGCGCAGUUACUGGGAGGUGGAAUGGAGUGCUGGCAACAAUGAAGAUGUUGCUGUGGGUGUUUGCUACAAAGGACUGUUCAGGAAAGGAAAAGGCAACUGGUGCAGGCUUGGAUGGAAUGUCAUGUCCUGGUGUUUCGGCCAUCGAUGGUCCCCACUAUCUCCAAAGGCUACUCUCUAUGCAGAGUAUGCUAACGAGCGCCACUCUUUCCCUUUUCCAGCUACUGGCUGCACUCGACUGGGAGUUUAUCUGGACUGGCCUGCUGGCACUCUGUCCUACUAUAAGGUCUCAUCUGACACAUUCAGUCACAUUUACACCUUCUCCAGCGAGUUCUCUGAGCCUGUUUACCCAGCCUUCUUGAUCUUUCAUGAUACCAACUAUGUGUUCCUGUCUCUGUAAACUUGGCACCACACCACAUCAGUCUGCGACAGAUCCAAAGUCCUGCCUCCCUGAAUUACGGCUAAGUCUGACAAGCUUGACAUAAGGAAACAUGGCCAUGCCGGUUCCAUUUUGCCAGGUGCUGCUUCAAGAAGCCAUUAGUCAGGACUACAGUGUGCAAUGGAAGGAUAUCUUUGUGUUGCUCCUCUGUCCCAAGGCGUCCCCCAGAGGUCGGUGCUCGGUCCUCUCCUAUUCGUCCUCUACAUGCUCCCCCUUGUUAUCAUUCACAGCCAUAGUCUCAACAUCCACUGCUAUGCUGAUGAAGUCCGACUCUACAUCUACCUAAAUCCAUCACCACUAGAAC